GCCAUCGACAUCAGGUGGACCAAGAAUGACAAAGAGGUGGCAGUGGAAGAUCCCUUCAUCAAAACUAUUUCCAACUCUGACGGGACGUUUCAUGUUUUCUCCUACCUGAACUUUGUUCCAAAGCAAGGAGACAUUUACAGCUGCACUGUGGAACAUGAAGCCCUGGAGGAACCCAAGACCAGGUUUUGGGAUGUUGAAACAGAGGAGAUGAGUGUGGGUCCAACCGUCUUCUGUGCACUUGGUCUGACUCUUGGGCUGCUUGGAACUGCUGCAGGAACUUUCUUUUUAGUGAAAGGAAACCAGUAUUGUGACACCCCAGACAUUGCUGCUUAAUGGAUAGCAUAAAAGAGUAGCUUCCUUUUUGACUUUAUUUGCAUGGAAUAAUCUUUAGGCACUUUCAGGUUUUACAAGCAGGUAUUUUGGGCAUAUGUUAUGUUGGUGUAACAAGAGGAAGUUUGUACAUGUUCGUGUUAGCUUAAAUUACUUCCAGUAAAAUGACACACUAGGGUUUAAAUGUCUUCCCUCAAUAUAACAUGACCAUGCAGAUGUGUUGCAUCUGUAUAUGUCUGAUCAGAUGCAACAUCAGUAACUGUUAUUCAACAAGGAAAUCAUUUAAAAUAAAAAAUUCCUGUUUUCUAUA